CCUCUUUCAAAAACCUCCUCCUCGGCUCCAUAAGCUCACAGUCUGUAAGGAAUUCUCCAACAGACCAUCAGGAAUCUAAGAGUUUACUGGAUACACAUACCAGGACCUUUCCAGCUAUGAGUCGGGUUUCCCCACCCGUGUUUGUGUUGCUGCUGUUUGCAGCUGUUGCUGUUGUGAAGGCCAUUUGGAUUCCCCCGAGGAAACCACUGGAGGAAAAUAAAGACUACUCUAAAGUGGAAUCUGUUGCCAGGAUUCGUUCAGAUUUUGAUAAUGGCAAUGGGAAUAUUAUCUACUCUCUAGAAGGCGCUGGUGCAAGCCAGGCCCCCUUCCAUGUGUUUGUAGUUGACCCUGUAACUGGAUUUAUUCGGGUGACCAAAACUCUUGACAGAGAGUUCAUCUCUAUGUACAAUCUGUCAGGUGUUGCUAUGUACAAAGAUGGAACGAAGGCAGAGGAUGACGUUAGCAUACAAUUCAAGGUUAUAGAUGUUAACGACAACUCUCCAGUGUUUGGAAUCAUAGAGCCCGGGGAGGUGAAUGAGCUCAGUGCUGUAGGGACUACAGUUAUGAAAGUAACUGCAACUGAUGCUGAUGAACCAGGCAAUGAGAACUCUAAGAUUGCUUAUACCAUCAUAAAUCAGAGUCCAAAUCAUGACAUGUUUGGAAUAACAAAGGAUGGGAACAUCUACGUCAAAAAUUCUUCCCUGGACAGAGAGGCAACAGAUCAGUACACCCUAACGGUGAGAGGUCAAGACUUAGAUGGUAAGCCAGAGGGAAACACCGGAACCGGCACUGUUAUCAUCAAUGUCCGAGAUGUGAAUGACCACCUUCCCACUCUGGAAAAAGAUUCGUAUGAGGGCAGCAUUGAGGAGAACACACAAGGGGUGGAGGUGAUGAGAAUCAAAGCAGAGGACCUGGACCUGGAGGGCACUGACAACUGGGAAACCGUGUUUGACAUUGUCAAAGGCAACGAGGCAGGGUACUUCAGCAUCACAACAGACCCCAAAACCAACGAGGGUAUCCUAAUGCUCGACAAGGCUGUGAAUUAUGAGGAUGUGAAGGAUCUUGAACUGGGACUAGCUCUGAGAAACAAGGCUCCACUAUAUGAUGGAUCUGCGUCAAAUUCUGAAUUUGGCAUAAGUUUCGGAGGGGGAGCAGGUGGAGGAGGUGGAGCAGGUGGUUCAGGUGGUUCAGGUGGAGCAGCUGGGGCUGGAGGGGCAGGAGGGGGAGCAACUGGAGCAAGUGGUGGUGGUGGGGGAGGAGGGGGAGCAAGUGGUGGUGGUGGGGGAGGUGGGUCUGGAGGAUCAUCAUGGACCACAUCUAAGACUUAUCCCAUCAAAAUCAAUGUGAAAAAUCAGCCUGAGGGCCCAGGUUUUGAUCCCAAAGUCAAAGCUAUUCCCAUCUCAGAGGGAGGCACCACCAACAUUAAUGAUGUUAUUGCCCGCUACCCUGCAAUAGAUGGAGACACUGGGAAACCAGCUGAGAAUGUCAGGUAUGCCAAAGGAUCAGACCCUGACAACUGGCUAACCAUCGAUCCAGAAACAGCUGAGAUCAAACUGAACAAGAUGCCGGACAGAGAAUCUCCAUUCCUGGUCAAUGGGACAUAUUUCGCCAAAGUUCUGUGCAUUCCAGAAGACAUUAACGGUAAAACAGCUACCGGCACCAUAGCCAUCCAGGUGGAAGAUUUUAAUGACCAGUGCCCCACCCUGACCAGUAACAUCCAGACUAUGUGUACCACGGGUGAUUCUGUUAUUGUGAAUGCCGUAGAUGAGGAUGUUUACCCGAACGGACCUCCUUUUCGCUAUACCAUCAUCCCAGAGGGCACGGUGGGCAAAUGGAAGGUGGAGCCUCUCAAUGACACUGCCGCCAUCCUGAGGGCCCAGGAGUCCAUGUGGCCUGGUUCCUACGAGGUGCAAUUUAAGGUGACAGACGAGCAGGGAGUGGCCUGUCCAGAACCACAGAAAGUGGAGGUCAAGGUUUGUACGUGUGAGGAUGGAGUGCUGUGUAAAGAACGAGGCGCCAAUGGUCAGUCCAGCAAAGGAGCAGAGUUAGGACCUGCAGGCAUCGGACUGCUACUCCUGGGCCUGCUGCUUUUACUACUUAUUCCUCUGUUGCUGCUCUUCUGCCAAUGUGGGGGGGCUGCGGGGCUGCCAGGUGGCUUUACUGAGAUGCCUUUUGACACCAAAUCACACCUCAUUAACUACCGCACCGAGGGCCAGGGAGAGAACACGGAGGUGCCGCUCCUGAACAUGCCAACAAAAGUGGAUGGCGAUAUGGUCAACGUGGAUAUGGGCAUGACUAGCAAAACUUCAGCGAUGGUGCCCAUGUCAGGUUUGGAUUUCCAGAAAUCUGUCACCUCUGUGGACGGGAUGAAUGGGGCUAUCUAUCAAGAUGGUUUUUCAAGUGGCCAGAGAGAAGGGACAUGGGGGACGAUGAACCGUCUGGGUGGCAGUGGCUUCUAUUCUGAGUUUGAGGGCAGAGAAUCAGGAGUAGGUGGAGGACUUUAUGAUGGCAUGGCUCUGCCAGACCACUUCCUGGGACAGUACUACUCUCAGAAGGUGAACAGUGGAAAUGAGAACCUUGGAGUUAAGGAUGGUCUCUUGGUUUAUGACUAUGAGGGUCAGGGCUCCUCUGCUGGCUCAGUGGGCUGCUGCAGCCUCCUGGAGUCUGACAACAACCUGCAGUUCCUCGAGGACCUCGGGCCAAAGUUCAAGACCCUGGCUGAAGUAUGCGGAGGCAAGAAGAUCCCAGCUGAAGUCAAACCAAUGUUCACUCCUCUACCCAGUGCCUCCAUCAACACUCAGAGCUCAGUGUCAAGUGUGGUGAAAGCCCAACAGCUGCCCCCUCCACCCCAGCGGCAGCCAACCAUUGCCAAAACAGAGCAGACUGUGUUCAGGGAGACAUCUGAGAGUUCCCAGGUGGUGAAGGAAAGCAAAGCAACAAUGAAAGAAGGGAUGACCACAGUGAAGGAAGGGAUGACAAAUGAAGGCCAGAUGUUCCUGCUACAGCAGCAGCAGCCUGUCUACUACACCACCACCCCUGUGAUGCAGCCGAUGCACUAUGUAGUCCAGCCACAAGUUCAGAACACUGUGCUUCUGGCUGAGGCACCAUCCACCAACAUGCAGGGCAUGGUAUUAGUUAAUGGCACCCAGACCGGACCUGCCCAAGGUGUGGUUGUUCAGGGACAGAUGAUGUCUAGUGGACAAGUCCAGGGCCCCGGUAUGAUGCUGGUGGAGAGGAGCGGGAUCCAUGGGGCCGGUGCAAACCUGAUCCACACUGGCAACCUCUCUGGUUCCCAGACCAUGAUGGUCGUGGAGGGCAAGGUCCCUACAGGUUCCCUGAAAGUGCUGAAGGGGAGCCAGACUAGCUUCAUGCAGGGGGGCACUCUACAGCAAGGAGGGCUUUCAGGAUCUCAGAGAGUCCUGGUGGUCGGAGGACCAAUAAGCAGCGGAGGGCAGCUGGUCCAGGAGGCAGGAGGUCUGUCCCAGAAGAGUGAUAUCUCUGGCUCUCAAAGAGUCCUCUACAGUAAGGGCAACACAUCCACUGGAGCUCAGAGCAGUGCAGUGGGUUCAUCUACUACCACACUGAGCACAACCCCCAACCACCACACAGUGGUGGUGCAGGAGAAGUUCACUGAACUUUGAUGUGGAAAAAGACACUUUUUAAUGCAGUUCAGACUUCUGGUCAGGCAAUAUCUUAAGUACAUUUAUGAGAGACUUGUGAGAUAUGUCAGUCUAUUGGUGGAGGGUUUGCUGCAGCAGUUUGACAAGAAAUGAAACAUGCUUGUUCAUACUACGGUUUCUACUGCACUUAAACAACUGUGUAGUGCACAUAGCUGCCCUAACUUUACAGUAACCUGUUUUCUGCCUGGUUUGUUUUCACAAAGGUAUUUAUGUGAACAUUUUCUACACUGAUGAUUUCUGUAAUUUGGCAUACAGCAUGUGCAGGAGUUAAUGUGAUCAAGAGAAUGUCAAUAUUUCACAUAGUUUUCCCUCAUUGGCUAGUCAAUGUUGGGAGUGUGCACUGGUUUCAAAAAUGGAAAAGUGUAAAAGUAUAGUUUUAAAUGUAGGUCACACUACAUUGACAACUGUUAUGUUUUGCAUUAUUAUCAGGUAAACUUUUGUCUGUUUGCAAAUAGCCGUAAAACUAAUGCCAUUCCAAUCAGUCUCUGCUGUAAUCAGCAUCUAGCGUUGUUAUUUUGAGCAGGUUACCAUGCUGAUGUUAGCAUGGCAGUAGACUUUUAACAUGUUUUCAGCUAGUGAGUGCUGUCAUAACAGCUACUGCCCUGCAAUGUUGUAGUUUUUUACGUUAUUUUGCCACUCGGCGAUACCAUAUACCAUACACAGGUUGCAAUAAACCUACUAUAAUCCCAUCAUGUAGCUCUGUUUGUAGCUUUAAAAAGAGGAAAUGGUUUGCAGGAUGGCAUGAUACAGGUUAGGGAAUCAAGUUAGGGUUAAUCUAUUUACAGGUAUAGAGGAGAAUUGAGUAUUUAUAGUACAUAGUUUGGAGAUUAUUAUAGAUCCUAAAUUAAACUUACAGAAGGGUGACACUGGAAGAAAGGGACAAAAUUACACCUGCUACUGGAGUACCACAGACAACACCAUGGAUUUUAGGGGUGUAAGAAAAUAUUGAAAAAUAUUGUAACACAAUAUUUUGUUCUGUGAUAUUGUAUACAUUUGUGUGCGGAAAUCCCCAACUUCUAGAUGGCAGUGUUGUAAAUGUACUAACAUCCUAAAAUUAGAUUGAACAGUACAGUGAAUCUGUAUCGUGAUCCAUAUUGUAUCCCCACAUUCCUGGCAAUACACCACCAUAAUGGAUUUAUGAAAACCAUUCAUAUAUUUUUAGAACUGGAUAUGGCACCACUGCUCUGCCUUGCUUCCAAUUUUCUGACUGCUAACAUUUCACCAUGUAUUACUUUUCCCAGUGAGAUAGGGGUAUAUUUUUAUUUUUUUAUAACGCUGAGUUCAGCGAAGAGUUAAAUAGCUUUCAUUACUCUGUUCUGCUGUCUACCUUGCCUAGUAGGAGGGUAGCACCAUAAUCUAGUUGGGUGUUACUGAUCUCCACAUAGGAAAACUGCCAGCACAGAGCAGUUUUACCGCUGAUCAUAUGUAGGGGUUGAGUGCCUUGCUCAAGGCUUUAAGUCCACACUCCAUACUGUGCCCCAUGCUGGAUUUCAGUUGGCCCACGCCAGUUUCCUGCAGACUUAGCCUACACCGCCCCCCAAAAAGUAUGCAGACCUUAAAUUGAUAUCGUUUGUCAAUCACAGCUUUGGCAAAUGGUCAUCAGAUAUGUUAAAUAGACACGUUUAGGAAAUGAAUAAGAGAGACAUUUAUUGUAAAAGAACAUAACUAAACAAAAACAUUUAAAAAGUGGGUUAUGGAAAUGUUUUGUCUGAAUGAAAAUCCACAAAAAAAGUCUUCUAAAUGGCUCAUGCUGUUUGGACGUGUAUUUUCUGAUCUGACGCCCCCAUCAGCAUGACAGCUUUGUCUGUCUGUGCCUUCAAAACUGCUGAAAAAAACCUUUCAACUCACAUACAAUUCUAUGGUCAAGGUUUAGGCACAAAAACAUUGGUGAAGUUAAGGGAAACAUCAUGUUUUGAGUUAAAAAUAAGUUCUCUGUUAAGGUUAGCGAAUGGUAGUCAUGGUUAAAAGAAACCAAUAUUGUCUGUCAGUAGGAGACAGGAAGCCAAAUGCCUGAUGUUUGGUUACCAAUACAUACACAGGUUGCAAUAAACCUACUAUAAUCCCAUCAUGUUAGGGUUCACCUAUUUAAAAUGGAGGCAGCACUAGAAACUACUAGCUGUCAGGAAGCACUUCUUCUUCAUGUGGGAAAAUACUUAUCUAACCUAUCUGAAUAAAAUCUCAAGGCCAACCUUGAACCUUGUAUGUAUUAUAAGAUUCCUGUCACAAUAAUCAGUUAUGUUUCUUUUGCUAAUAUGAGGAUCUUGAAUUCUUUUCCAUGCGUCUUUGUAAAAGGCAUGGGAUGAGCCAGACUGGUAAAGUGAAUGGUGCUCUGACCAUGGGUGAUUUGCUCUGGGUUCUGGUGGUGUUAUUUCAGGUUAAGUGACUCUCUUUACAUCCUGUGCAGACUUGUUCCUUCAUGAGACUCCAGCAUUAAGCAGCCUGUGAGAGAUUUAUGUCUGGUGCAACAGACAAAAAUUGGUCCUGUGUUUUAUUGUAUUUUUUCGUUUGUCAGUAAAAGCUUUCAAUUAAUUUUUAAGUGCUGUGUGUCAGGGUGCCAUCCAGUUAUGGUCUUUAAGAUAGUACUAGACAUAAACAUUCACUUUCAUUCUCCGGUUGGUUUAAAAGGUUCAGAUGUGUCACUGUACAGAAUAUUGGUAGAAUGGUUCUCACAGCUUGUUUCAUAAAUACUAAAUAUACCAGUUACUUUGCAAUCAACUGAAUGAAUGUUUAAGAUUUAAAGCAUUCUUCUACAGUGUCCACUUAAUGCUAGGGUGUUGGUGGUGGUAAGAUUUCAUUGUUGCACUUGAAUGAACACAGUAAAUGUUUCAUGUUGUUUUUAACCAGUCAGUGUCAUGAGUUUUAUUAUUUCAUUCCAAAUUAUGCAAUGUUCACACCGAUUUAAAUCCUGAAACUUAAAUUAGUGCUUUGCUUUUAGUAUUUUUAUCAUUAUUAUUAUUAUUAAAUUGUAUGUGCAUGUCCAUGGUUAUACAAUAGUAAAAAACAGGGGUUCAUUUGCUGGAAUACAUUUUGACAUAAUGUCAUAAUGGCUGUCUAACUUAAAUACAACUUCAAUAAACACUUCAACUGUUCAACAAGCA